UGGGAGGACUAUCCCAUGCCAGGACUUGUGGCGGCUGUAGCAGCAGCAGCCUGGACUGGAGGAGGAAGUGUGCUGGGGGGGCUGAGCAGCAACAGCAGGCAGCAACAGUAGUUCAAGAACCGUGCAAAGGCUUCCAUUUUAUCACCGGCAGCCGCAGAAAAGCCGAGGGGAGCACCGGGUCCAGCUGAGAGCACAUUCCAGCAGAGGAAAAUGAGCCUCCCAGCCUGCACUAAGCCUGUAUGACGGGCAGAGCUCGGCUCUUUGAUCAGGACUUCACCCCACUCUUUCUCUUCCUGCAGCUCGGACUGACAAAGGGACACAGAGGAGAAAAAAGAAGAAGAACCACAGUAACGUUACUCGCUUUCAGGUUGAAAAGUAAGCCCCAGGAUUCAGGAUGGAGGAGGGAUAUGAACUCGACCUGACGUACAUCACAGAACGCAUCAUCGCUGUGUCCUUCCCCCGUGGGUGCACAGAGGAGAUCUACUCUCACAACCUGAAGGAUGUCACACGAAUGCUCAAGUCCAAGCAUGCAGAUAAUUACCUGAUUAUCAACUUGUCAGAGAAAAGACAUGAUCUCACUAAAAUGAACCCCAAGACUCUAGAUACAGGCUGGCCCGACAUGCAUGCUCCGCCUCUGGAUAAGAUCUGCACCAUCUGUAAGGCAAUGGAGAGCUGGCUCAAUGCUGACCCCCUUCAUGUGGUGGUUAUACACUGCAGGGGUGGCAAGGGUCGAAUUGGUGUCGUUAUCUCAUCCUUUGUGCAUUUCACCGACGUAUCUGCCAGUGCUGAUCAGGCAUUGGACCGCUUUGCGAUGAGGAAAUACUACGAUGAUAAGGUUUCAGCUCUGAUGACACCUUCGCAGAAACGGUAUGUUUGGAUCCUCAACAGUCUUCUAAGUGGAUCCAUGAAGAUCAAUGCCUCACCCUUGUUCCUACACUGCGUCAUCCUUCAUGGGAUCCCAAACUUCGACGCCACUGGAGUAUGUCGUCCGUACAUCAAGGUUUACCAGGGAAUGCAAGCAGUGUAUUCAUCUGGAAUCUAUCACAUUGGUCCAGGCCACAGAGACCGUGUAUGCAUUACCCUGGAGCCUGCCCAGCUCCUAAAAGGAGACAUCAUGAUUAAAUGCUAUCACAAGGGUGACGUAACUUCCGAUCGUGAAGUUAUUUUCCGGCUGCAGUUCCACACGGGAGCAGUGCAGGGCUACAACCUGAUGUUUGAAAAAGAGGACAUGGAGACUGCCAACAAAGAUCCCAGAUUUGCAGAUUAUGGUAAAGUGGAGCUGGUGUUCUCCGAGGGACCAGAGAGGAUUCCAGGUGCUGACAGGUGGCAAAAUGGGGCGGAUGUUAUUGUGGACUACAACACAGCAGAUCCACUAAUCCGCUGGGACUCCUACCAGAACAUCUGUGAUGGUGAAGCGCCACGAUCUCAAGGCCUAACCCAGGACAAAGCGGCUAACAAGAGGAGCCCCAGCGGAGGAGAAGCGACGCUGGGCAGAGGGGCCCGCACAACCUCCGCCACCUCCAGCCCUGACCACAGCGACCACGCCCUCUCUGUCAGCAGCGACUCAGGCCUGUCUAGCACUUCUCUGUGGGCUGACAGACCCACACCUGUCCCCACCCCAACCGCCACCACCACCACCAUCAGGCCUAACCAGGGCCCCAGCCAGCAGGAAAAGGUCCAGUUGAAGCGUCUUUUAAGUGGCUUUGGUCUUGAGGACCCCUCACUGAGGGAGAUGGGUGAUCAAGGCCCCAUAGUGGGCAUCCAGCAGAUAGUCCCAGCGCAAGUGCACAUCAACGGAGACCCCAGACCCCGAGAGAGGGAAACGGACAUCCUGGAUGAUGAGGUCAUUACAGGUCACGAUCUGCACAGUGUGGACAGCUUAGGGACCUUGUCGUCCUCCUGCCACAAGAGCAGCCAGAACUCUCUGCUGUCAGAUGGCUUUGGGAGUCCCGGGGGAGAGGAGCAGCAAAGCCAGAGCCAACACCACCUCCACCACCCUGCACCCCCUCCUAUGGAAGAGUAUGAGAGAGCCUAUGCUGAGGCGAGAAGGGGCUGUCUGAGCUCCAGGAGCAACUCUGUGGCCUCUGCUAAUCCCAGCAGUGCUCCUAUGCCCAAGCAGCACGUCUACAGACAGGGAAGCUAUUCCACACAGUCCUGGGUUCGCCAGCAGCAGAUGGUUGCUGCACAACAGUUUAUCUACAUGGCAGAGGAUGGAAAUGAGACAGAAAGAUACCCAGGGAACAAGCAAGGGAGCAGUUCACCCAAAGCAGGCCUGCUUACUGAGCCACAGGGCCCUAGCAGGGACAUGACGACAGAUGCUCUGAGAAACACAGCGCCACACAAAGAACAGGCAACCAUGAACAAUAACAACAACAACAAACGUGACGAGGAGUUCAAAUCUCUCACGAUGGACAUUGACAACUCCAUCGACCAGCUCAACCAGCUGAUCAUGGACCUGGAUCCCACAUUCGCGCCAGUUUCGAGCCACAGCAGCUCCAUUAAGAGGAACGGCGGGACGCACGUGAACGGCUCAGUCUCCAAAUGCUCGUACGGCAUCAAUCUCCGAUUCAACGAUAAUAACGCAGCGACCCUGAAAAACACACAGCAGACAGCUGUCCAGUCCAGUGAGGGACGGGUGGGUGUCACGCGGAGUCUGAGUCGCCAAGGAAGUGAUGUCACGGAUCACCCAGGCUUCUGUAACUCAGGGUGGGAGGGGACAGAAGAGUACAGGGGUCAGCGGACAUACUCCCCCUGUGUGCCACAGUCUCAGCACCCCUUGUUGUACAGGACAGACAGUGUUGACUACAGGGCCCAGGGCCCAGACAUGGACAGUGGGGUUGAGGCCGGGAGUGACAUGACUCCACCCACUCCCGCCUUCCCCAUCUCUCCACCAACACCUUAUGUGAAAAGUAUGUCAGAAUUGACUCAUCUCAGGCAAAUACCAUCUCCUAGCAUGCAAUCUUACGGAGGCUACAGAACAGAUCAUGAACCCCGGGGAUAUUCAGAGAUAAUCAGUCAUGUUGGAGUCGACAAUUUACCAGACACCAUCAACUGCCACAGGACGCUAAGUGCUACACACUCUGCCUCUAUUGUUGGGACCCUUCAGUGGACAGACAGUUCAUCAACAAACCAGUCCUGGCCAGAGCAUCCAGUCCUGAGCCGCCACUCAUCUCUGAGCGGCUACCCCUCUACGAGACAACCACCGCCGCACUCCAUGUCACUGGACUAUGGCCACCACUCUCCUCCCCUGCACCACCCCCACAUCCACCCUGCCCCCAACGCCCAUAGCUCUCCCCGAAGCAGCCAGCGAAGCUGUAUGGCUCGCUACGCUCUCAGCCGCAGUCCCGCUCAAAGCUUUGACGAGCAGGAUGACUCAAGUCACGGCUAUGGCACGGACUGUCCAAACACCAACUCUAAUCUGCUGGGAAAUGGAGGCAUGGACAGGGAACUUUUGACCUCCAUGGAUGGGCUGACUCAGUUACAGCUCCCCCUCUCCCCCUCCUCCCCCCCCAAAAAAAAAGGGCCUUGGGAUUGGGGAUGGGGAACAGCGUCUCCAGCCCUCAGUGGGUUCUCCAGUCCCCACAGUGGGAGCUCCCUGAGCAUUCCCUUUCCCAAUGUUUUGCCUGACCUCUCAGCUCAGGCGCUGGGCACAGCCUCACCUCUGCCAGAUGUACUGGCCAGCAAGCAAGUUACUGUAAAAUUUGUGCAGGACACAUCAAAAUAUUGGUAUAAGCCAGAUAUCUCAAGGGAUCAAGCCAUUUCAGUCUUGAAGGACAAGGAGCCUGGUUGCUUCAUUGUGCGGGACAGCCAUUCCUUCAGAGGGGCUUAUGGACUGGCAAUGAAGGUGGCUACUCCCCCACCAUCUGUUCUGCAGCAGACCAAGAAAGGAGGCGAUCUAUCCAAUGAAUUAGUACGCCACUUCCUGAUUGAGUGUACACAGAAAGGGGUGCGUUUGAAGGGUUGCCCCAAUGAGCCCUAUUUUGGAAGCUUAACUGCACUGGUCUGCCAACAUUCAAUCACCCCGUUGGCCCUGCCCUGCAAACUUAUCAUACCUGACAGAGAUCCUCUUGAAGAUGUUGUGGAGACUACCUCACAAUUAGUCACCAACUCUGCGGCUGAGCUGCUAAAACAGGGUGCAGCCUGUAAUGUGUGGUACCUGGGCUCCAUGGAGAUGGAGUCCCUAACAGGCAUCCAGGCGGUGCAGAAAGCCACCAGUAUGUCUCUGAGCUCCAACCCUCCACCAACUUCCACUGUAGUCCACUUCAAGGUGUCCUCCCAGGGAAUCACCCUCACUGACAACCAGAGGAAGCUGUUCUUCAGGAGGCAUUACAAUGUAAAUACAGUCAUAUUUUGUGCAUUGGACCCUCAAGAUAGAAAGUGGAAUAAAGAUGGCUGCCCUUCAGCAAAGAUCUUUGGCUUUGUGGCGAGGAAAACUGGCACUUCCAUGGACAAUGUAUGUCACCUGUUUGCAGAGCAUGACCCUGAGCAGCCAGCAAGCGCCAUUGUCAACUUUGUUUCCAAGGUGAUGAUUGGCUCGCAGAAAAGUAAGUAGGCCUGCCUCAGACUGAGCUGAUCACCUAGACAGACUUGUACUCAGAGUAGAAACAAGAAAUAAAGACUGAAAGGCUGAACAAAGGACAAAAUGUCAAGGACUGAAGAUGGUGGCGUUAACCCGGGAUAUUAACUGGAUAUUACGUGCAUAAUGAUCACUUACCAGCACCAGGACAUUUAAUUACAUUAAUUUUCAAUAGAAAAAUAUAAAUCCCUUCUAUGCUGUUACUUUUCUUUCCUGUAAAAUGAACUGUAAAGUAGCAGAGAAUAAAAACAAAAUCGUAUGAGAUUUGAUUCCAACUGUAAUGUAUAAUACAGUUAGAUAUAUUUUCUCAACAUACUUUAAGUACAUAACACAAUGGUUGCUUUUCUCAUUUGUGCAUAGCAUUUUUAUAGACAAAUCAAGAAAGCCGUACCUUGUUGCAUGUAAUUGUUUUCUAAUAUUUAACCAAAACAAACUUCAUUUAAGCUAUUAACAUUCUGUAAAGUUGUAGCCAAUGUAGAAGCACCUCUGUGCUGCAUCUGUCCAGCAUGCAGUAUUUUGUUGGAGUUUAAUAUGUGGAAAGGCAGUGCAGCAAAUAUGUAUAAUUAGGCAAGGCUACAGGCUCAUACAGGAUUAUCUUAUUUUAUCUAUGCAAUGUAAAUUUUUAUUUUUUUAAACCACAUCCUUCUGUACACUUGCAGCAUGUAUCUGGCUUCUCUAAACCUUGUUAAAUAAUUUUCUUUCUCCUAUGUGAAUAUGACCACUUUUAAAGCUGUCAGCGACAUUUUAAUGAAAGUGUCGGUGUGUGUGUGUGUGUGUGUGUGUGUGUGUGUGUGUGUGUGUGUGUGUGUGUGUGUGUGUGUGUGUGUGUGUGUGUGUGUGUGUGUGUGUGUGUGUGUGUGUGUGUGUGUGUGUUGAAAUGAGAGAAAUCAUAGAAAACUAUUUUAAUUAAACCCUAAUAUAUAUUGAUUUGACAUGAGUUGGUUAAAAACACAUCAGUACUUUGCAAAGAAGAUAGUACAAGUGGCGUUUCACUCACAGCUGCCAAAUUUUUACUUUAUUUUGCCCUCUUUUGGGGGGCUUAUGGCCACUAAUACUAAAGCACUGCAGUGUUUCAGUAUCAAAAAUAUAUUGGACAGUAUCCUCGAUUUAGUACAUUUCAUUUGAAUAAAAAAAAAGACAGGCUGCUACAGUAUAUGGAGCAAACAAAUGCUGCAAUUGUGUUAGUGUUUUAAAAGUUCUUAAAAGAAAGAAAAGCUCUCAGUGUUGGAA